CGAAUUUGGUAUUAUCUCUAUGUGAUAAAUGUAUUCCUAUAUAUUCCUUUAGUCGAGCUAAAGUUGUGAAUCCGGAAGUGGAUUGAAAGUUACCGAUACAUUGACCAAUCAAAUAGCUAGAUUUUAGCCAAUCAUAAUGCUCAGUCACUAUCCAAUCAGCUUGAAGCUGUAGGGUAUAAAUACUGCGAAACAAAGUCAGUCUACACUGAUCUGGACCAAGAAGAACAUCGCUUAAAAGAGAAAGCUUAACAACGAAGAUGCCUCCAAACACAAAGACUACUACAAAGAAGGAAUUUAAAUGUCCCAUGUGCCCAGUUAAAACGUAUAAUCUGGGAGCCAUGAAGGAACAUUUAGCAAGUUGUGGCUUACAGAAGAUGGAAAAGAGGUACACUUGUACAGCAGGCACUUGUACUUACCGUACCAACAGACUGGCGAAUUUGAAUAGACAUCGGAAACGGCAUGAUGAGACAAAGGCCAAAGAGUCCGAUGGAGAAUGGGCUAAAAAUGAUCCAGGGAAUCUCAGUGACGUCUUGGGAGAUUUAAGUACAGACACUGAUGCAGACGUUAGCCAGGGAAUCAGUUCUUCAUUCACUGGGUGUGACUAUAUACCUGUGAGGAAGCCGACUCGACCUGCUAAAGUGUUUGUUCCACCACCAAAACCGGUGUUGCCAUCAGUACAGGAGGUACCAAGUUACGAUUUACCGACUGUAUCGGUAGUGACACCUGAAGUCCCGCAAAGUGAAAUUCUGUCAUCCACGAGAGCAUCGUCAUCUGUAGUGACCAGGAAUUCACCGACAGCAACGCAAAUUGAACAUGCCACUUCGGAGUUACCUCCCCGACGUCUGGCUGCGAGUUUGCAUCCACCUAGGUUUGCUUUAAAGCGAAGUCGUCUUGACAAUAUUGAAAGAGUGGACGUUGGGUCUCAGACGUUGCAACCAGCUCAGAAGACGACUCGUUGGACAAUUACAAGGUGGACAGAUAAUGGGAAAGACUAUGAGGAGAUUCAGCUGGUAGAGGACCUAUUCGAUGCUAUAUAAGAUUUUCGUGUCAUUGACUUAUUACGUUAACAAAUUAGUGUAGAUUUUUUUGUUGUUGCAAACAUUGUUCAAAGCUGUGAGAAAACAGCAGUGAAACGAGUUUAAUUUUUAUAUCUUUCUUGUAACUUUUCUUGAAAUGCUCAUAUUAAAAUCAUUUGAAAAACCUGUCCAAUGUUGAGUUAUGCGAGGACGCAUAUUUUUAUUGAGGCGUGGGUAAUGAAACGAAUUUGGUAUUAUCUCUAUGUGAUAAAUGUAUUCCUAUAUAUUCCUUUAGUCGAGCUAAAGUUGUGAAUCCGGAAGUGGAUUGAAAGUUACCGAUACAUUGACCAAUCAAAUAGCUAGAUUUUAGCCAAUCAUAAUGCUCAGUCACUAUCCAAUCAGCUUGAAGCUGUAGGGUAUAAAUACUGCGAAACAAAGUCAGUCUACACUGAUCUGGACCAAGAAGAACAUCGCUUAAAAGAGAAAGCUUA